AUGGCUGAGGACCGGCCUCGCAGUGUCAAAGAGGUGUCGCCCGACGCCUUUAUCAAGGCGUUUGCGGCCUACCUGAAGCAGACCAACAAGGUCCAGCUGCCGCAGUAUGUGGACUAUGUGAAGACCGGCGCGUUCAAGGAGCUGGCGCCCCUGGACCCCGACUGGUACUAUGUCCGCGCAGCUGCCAUCGCGCGGCGCGUGUACAUCAACCAGGGCAUGGGCGUGGGCGCCUUCCGCCGCGCCUUUGGCGGCCGCACCAACGCCGCCGGCGGCGUCAACCCGGAGCACCACGCCAAGGCGGCGGGCGGCGUGAUCCGCCACGCGCUGCAGCAGCUGGAGGCCAUGGGGCUGGUGGAGAAGAACCCGGCGGCGCGCGGCGGGCGCCGCAUCACGCCCGAGGGCCAGCGCCAGAUGGAUCUUGUGGCAGGCAGCGUGCCGCUGGUGCGCUUCCACUACCUGGCCUGA